AUGAACGCCAUUAACGGGGGUAGUUCCUACCACAACCCUUCUCAGAUAUCUCUUCUAGAUAUUUUCUUCCCUAGUCUUAGUAUGGUCUCUGCUUCCGCACAGCAGCUCUUUGCCGGUAACCUAGACAGCUACACUCGACUUCUUUGUACUGUAGGGAUAUUCGUCCUCUUCACCCGCUAUGCAGUCCGCUACGUCGGGGAGCUAGUGAGAAGCUACUUCACUUCGACAAUCCAUGUCUCGUAUUAUGACGAAGCGUACGACAUGCUAGUCGAUUGGAUAGCUCACCAACCGUUUGUCCGCAACGCUCACUCAAUAAUCGCUCUUAGAUCUCCACAGCGAACAACCAUCCAAAACCAAGCAAAGAAAAAGCCAUUGACCUUUUCGCCUUAG